CGGCUUUCUCACUCCAAAGCUCAGUUUUGUGUAACAGAGCAGAUCCAGGAGCUCCCAAGCUUCUGAUCUGCCACCCCUAAAAAUGGCGGUGAAUUACCAUCCUAUCCUCUCUCUCCUCUUAUUCUGCUUCUUCAUUCUAGGGGCAAAUUCCUCCGUGCAUGAAUAUAAACAGGCAAAGUUCACGAGCAAGGGCAAUGCAUUUGUUGUCCAUGGCGGAAGUGAGGGGAUUUAUGCAUCACCCUUAAGCAACAAUGAGAGUGCGUCGCUCUCUUAUAUCAGAUUUGAAAAGAUCAAAUUCAGAAGACCUAAGGAAGCAAUAGCUGCUGGAGCUAAGGGCCAAACUGCACUUGUCCAAGCGAUAGUUUUUGAGGUUGAAGACCGAGAGUCAAUUGGUGGUUCUGCCUAUGGAGGUCAAAGAGCUGUAUGUUGCACAGCUGAUCUUGCCAAGUUGGGAGCUUGUAAACAAGGUGAGAUUAUUUACCGCCCUUCUAAAACCAAGUCUAACUGGCCCCAGGUGUUCAAUGUGCAUUUCAUAGAUGACAACCUUUUGGCAUUCAUGGAGUCAAAAACCAUACCAAUUACGAGCACCGGAAUGUAUAACCUCUACUUCAUUCACUGUGAUCCAAAACUCAAGGGACUGAUUAUGGAUGGCCAAACUGUUUGGAAGAACCCUACUGGCUAUCUACCUGGGAGGAUGGCUCCCCUUAUGAACUUUUAUGGGUUCAUGUCUCUUGCAUUUGUAAUACUUGGGCUUGUGUGGUUCUCUCAGUAUGCCAGGUUUUGGAGAGAGGUUUUGCAACUGCAGAAUUGUAUCACGCUUGUCAUUGGUUUGGGCAUGUUUGAAAUGGCACUUUGGUACUUUGAGUAUGCUGAUUUCAACAAAACUGGGGUUCGACCAAUUGGAAUAACUAUAUGGGCGGUGACAUUUGGUGCCAUCAAACGAACUGUUUCUCGUUUAAUCAUUCUUGUGGUUUCUAUGGGAUAUGGGGUCGUGAGGCCAACCCUUGGUGGUCUUACAUCAAAGGUGGUAUUGCUUGGAGCCACAUUUUUCUUGGCAUCUGAGGUGCUUGAGUUAGUUGAAAAUGUGGGCUCCGUAAAUGAUCUCUCAGGGCAAGCAUUAUUGUUUCUAUCUCUUCCAGUGGCACUUCUAGAUGCUUUCUUCAUUAUUUGGAUUUUCACUUCACUUUCCAGGACUUUGGAUAAGCUUCAGUCGAGAAGGAUGAUGGCAAAGUUAGACAUCUACCGGAAGUUUACUAAUGCAUUGGCAGUGGCUGUUAUAGUAUCAUUGGGAUGGUUGGGGUAUGAGCUCUACUUCAAGUCCAAGGAUGUGUAUAAUGAGAGGUGGCAGAGCGCUUGGGUCGUUCCUGCCUUUUGGCAAGUCAUCUCUUUGUCUCUCCUCUGUGUGAUAUGCACCCUUUGGGCACCCUCCCAGAACUCUACCCGAUAUGCAUAUUCUGAAGACGUUAACGAGGAUUUUGAUAGAGAGGAGGGCUUUUCUCUGAUCAAGCCAGCAUUUGUACAUUCCAAAGAUAACCAGGUAUCCCCUUUGAUGGAUAGAAGCACAGUGAAGGUGGGUGAGGUCUUCCCACUUAAUGAAGGCUCAGAAGAGGACAAGAGAGAGUGAUUGGAUUCACUGAUCCGUUGGAUUUUCUGGCCAGUUUUGGGGGGAGGAUUCUUUGUGUGAUCCCUUGGGGUUUUUAUGAAGAACUCGAUGUGACUUUGGCUUACCCCAAAAUUUGGAUAAGGUAAAGAGGUCUCUCAACAUAACAGGGAUUUAGGGGACUGCGACUUUUUAUUUUUCGUUUUGUAGCUUUAUUUUUAUUUUAUUUUAUUAUUAUUUCUGUUUUUUGGGAGAAUUGUCUUGUCGAAUUAAACUUAUUUUUGUGAUAGUUUCAGAUGAUUUUGAUAUACUAGGUUCCUUCAGUUUGGAAUGAAUUGUAGGUCUUAUGAAAAGCGGAAAUGUUUGGACAGUGGA